AUGCAGCUUGGGGACGGGAAACCCCGUGCCUCACAGCCCAUCUCCAAAAAUCAAAACAGCAGCAAUCUCUUUCCAGGUCACUGCGUCCUCCAACAGAUCCUGCCCCCUUUGCAAUUCCUCCUGACACACGUCGCCUCCAAUCCGCUCCCCUUCCAAGGCAGACCCUCUGAUCUUGUCGCUUGCAAUAAGGCAUUCCUUGCAUGGUUCCUCAACACGUUCCUUUCCUUUGUCAACGCCCCCGUGGGCAUCUGUGCGGCACCCCACUGGGGGAAUGUCACUUUUUUUUAUCCAUUUGCCAAGAUGACUCCUCUUAUGGGUUUAAAAAAAGAGAGAGGAUGCAAUAUACCCUGUGGAGCUGUCAUCCCCAGAAAUAUGCCCCCAAAACACUUUACCUAAAUCCGCCCUGCUGAUAACUGGUUGCAGCGUCUUCUGAAGCCCAGAAACAGCAGCCCAGAAGGAAUGCAAAGACAUUCUCCCUCUUCAUUAGUAGAGUGAAGAAGAGGCCCUGCCAGGAGAAGCCGUUUAAUCGGGUAGCUCAGCUCUUGCAAAGCUUUCAAGUGCAGCCAUUGGCAUAUUCGGUGCAAGAUAACCCACUUUCUCUGAUAAGAAAAGCUGUGGGUUUGUUGACCUAUAAUGAAUUAUGGAAGAUGUUCCCAUAUACAGUGGUACCUCGGGUUACAGACGCUUCAGGUUACAGAUGCUUCAGGUGACAGACUCCGCUAACCCAGAAAUAGUACCCCGGGUUAAGAACUUUGCUUCAGGAUGAGAACAGAAAUUGUGCGGCAGCAGCAGGAGGCCCCAUUAUUUAAAGUGGUGCUUCAAGUUCAGAACAGUUUCAGGUUAAGAACAGACCUCCAGAACGAAUUAAAUUCUUAACCUGAGGUACCACUGUAUAGAACUUCUCUUACUUUGCAUAAUUUCUCAUCAACAUUUACUAGGCUGCAUGAUGUAUUCUCUUCCUGGUGGGACGCAGGUGGCGCUGUGGUCUAAACCACAGAGCCUCUUGGGCUUGCAGAUCGGAAGGUCGGCAGUUCGAAUCCCCGUGACGGGGUGAGCUCCUGUUGCUCAGUCCCUGCUCCUGCCAACCUAGCAGUUCAAAAGCACAUCAAAAUGCAAGUAGAAAAAUAGGUACCGCUCCAGCAGGAAGGUAAACGGCAUUUCCAUGCGCUCUGGUUUCCAUCACGGUGUCCCGUUGUGCCAGAAGCGUUUUAGCCAUGCUGGCCACAUGACCCAGAAAGCUGUCUGUGGACAAACACCGGCUCCCUUGGCCUGAAAGCGAGAGUAGUCACCUUUGACUGGACUUAACCGUCCAGAGGUUUACCUUUUUACAUCUGUUUCUGGUACUUAUAGGAAGGGUAUAGGUAAAGGGACCCCUGACCAUUAGGUCCAGUCGUGGCUGACUCUGGGGUUGCGGCGCUCAUCUCGCUUUACUGGCCGAGGGAGCCGGCGUACAGCUUCUGGGUCAUGUGGCCAGCAUGAGUAAGCCGCUUCUGGCGAACCAGAGCAGCGCACGGAAACGCCGUUUACCUUCCCGUCAGAGCGGUGCCUAUUUAUCUACUUGCACUUUGGUGUGCUUUCGAACUGCUAGGUUGGCAGGAGCAGGGACUGAGCAAUAGGAGCUCACCCCGUCGCGGGGAUUCGAACCGCCGACCUUCUGAUCGGCAAGCCCUAGGCUCUGUGGUUUAGACCACAGCGCCACUCGUGUCCCCUAUGUAGGAAGGGUAGGAUUGCCAUAUUUCAAAAAGUGAAAAACCGGACACAAAUAUUGUCUAGGACAUUUGCCAACACGUCUGGAUUUUCCAAGACAUUACAACGAUUGCUAACUGGACAAUUUCAGACUGCCGUAUUCUAGCUCUGAAUGAACGUAUGGCAACCCUAAGGAAAGGGCACUGAAGCCAUCCCUCUGGUUUCUGAGAUAUCACAAUGCUUUCGUGCCAAGCCCUUUGAAACAUACCUUCAAAUCAAUAAGCGCCAGAAACACCCGCAAUUUUAAAAACAGGCGCACACAUUGUGUGGCUUCGUAGCUGCUGCAAAAUCUCAUCAUUAAAUGCUGCUAAAUGUACAUGAUUGUUGUGUCCUUCCUUUCCACCUUGGAAACUGUCGUUCUAUACAGGGGACUAGGGAUCUCCAUCACAUCCCUACCCCCCCUUCAGAAUAUAGAGAGCUUGAACCCAAGACCCUGAGAUAAAGAUAAUAGACGGCACCUUUGCAAAACUAGUAUCUUUGGGGUUCCUUGGGGUAGUGGAUUGCUGAGGCGUUCCCAAAGUAAAGGAAGGAUUGAACUCUGAUUAAUAAGAAUACACAGAGAGGCUUGAACCAGCAAGACUCUGGGAAGGGUGCGUAUAAUAAUCUCUGCCUCUAGCCCCUGGCCCAGGUCGUUUUAUUCACAAAAGAGCUUUUUACAGAGUGUUCGUAAGAACCAAUCAGAUUUCUUCUGAGCAUUUCAACAAACCUCACGUGGGGUCAAAGUUAAACUACCAAAACUAAUCAAGCACACAUAUUUCUGGGGUAAACAAAGAGCAGAACUACAAAGGAGUGCAUUUGGCAACCCCUGAGGUCAUAAACAAGCAAAAUACAUGAUAAGAAGGAUGGGCAGGAGGACAGAGAUCAUUAUAACCUUCAGGUGAGAUCUGUUUCCUGGCCCAAAGAUUAACAUCCUAAGAUUAACAUAUCAGAAAAGCUACAUCAAAGAAACUUGCCCACUAUCUUUAAUGACCCAGGGUGCUGCCUGGCGAAGCAACUGGGCUGUGUACGUGACUUGUCAAGCAAGAGAAAUGGGCAGUAGAGAAAAUGGCCAGAGAUCCAGAGGGUUGUGGGAUUUGAUCAGAAAUUAUUGUCAAUGUAUCAAACCCAGUCAACACAAUGCAUUCAUUGUGGACACAAUGGCUUGAUGCAUAUUUUAUAAUUCCUCAUAGUAAUCCCACCUGACCCCACACUCUGGAUAUUUGCACUCCUACAGAUUGCCCCAUCUUUCCCCCCUCCAUCCUGAGAGACCCACAGAAAGUUGAUGGUUCGGUGGUUUUCUUUUCUUUUUCCCUCUCUAGGGGACAGAAAGCUCUUUGUGGGAAUGUUGAACAAGCAGCAAUCGGAAGAAGACAUACUGCGCCUCUUUGAACCUUUCGGGGUCAUUGACGAGUGCACAGUGCUCAGAGGGCCGGACGGCAACAGCAAAGGUCAGUCUCUGGUCCUCCGUCCAUCUAGGAUGGGGGACGAAUCUUUUGCCUAACGUGAGUUUCAAACCCACCACUCUGAGAUUAAGAGUCUUGUGCUUUACUAGCUGAGCUGUCCCUUCAAGAACAGACUUGACCUCUUCUCGAAGGGAACAGUUGCUUGCAAAUUCAGUCCGUUUUGAAACUGGUUUCACUCCCAAAGCACUCCACAGAGAACUCUGGGAAUUGGCUGUCCUCAGGCUGCGUUAUUAUUAAUUAUUAUUAUUAUUAUUACAUUCUUUGAACUCGGGUGCCUCACAGCAUCUCUCACGGGGGGAAAACAAUAGCAAAAAGGCAUUCACCUUGAGGACUAGCCUCUUGCUUUUGCAUUUAUGCCUUGCCAGGUUUGAUUGGCGAGUUUUGGAGAGCCAUUGUAAUAAAUAAUCAGUGGCAGUGCUCUUACACCUUCAGCAAGGCUAUCGGCUAAUGUAAAAGAAGGGGGAAACACCUUCUUGAUGUGCUGUGCAGGGUCGCAUGUUAUUAUAGUGUGUGAAAAGAGUUGGGAACCUCGAGCUCGAGAACCCAAUGUGGCCCCCAGGGCUCUCUGUCUGGCCCUCAAAACCACAUCUAGAAUUUGAACUGUGAUAAUGACUCUACCUUGACACACACACUCUCUCUAUAUCUAUCUAUCUAUCUAUCUAUCUAUUUCUCUGUGUAAAAACUUAUAAGCUUUGUGUGGCUGGAAGGUCGCCUAUGGCUCAAAAGUCAUGCCAUAUGCUUGCUUGUAGUGUGGAGUUGCUCCUGGCAUGAAUGGAGGCCAUGGGAAAUUAAGUAGGGCGGGGGGCCAUGGGAAUUUUGCACAAAGAGGGGUCCAUGGGAAAUUAAGUAGGGUAGGGAGCCAUGGGAAUUUUGCACAAAGAGGGGCCCAUGGGAAAUUAAGUAGGGCGGGGGGCCAUGGGAAUUUUGCACAAAGAGGGGCCCAUGGGAUUCUUCCCUCCCAUUUGAACAGGCCAAUGUUCCAUAAACUAUACUUUCCUCCAGCUCUGUUCUCACUUGCAGCUUUCCUUUCUGUCCUCCUCUUCUGUCUCUCUCUGUCUCCUCUGACGCCCUCCAGGCUGUGCCUUUGUUAAAUUCUCCUCUCACACGGAGGCCCAGGCAGCGAUCCACGCCCUUCAUGGCAGCCAAACUAUGCCUGUGAGUAAGGUGCCGUCAGAAUUUGCGGCGGGUGGGUGGUCGGGUUCCUUUGGGGUGCGAGCCAGCGUCGCAAACCGGCCAUUUGCCCAAGGCAAGUCAAAAUCCUCCAGAGGGGAACAGCCGAUGGGAAAACGAGUCACAAUAUGGCAGAUCCGUGUGGGAGGUUUGUGGGGGUACCAGUGCUGCCCUAUCCAAGGACUCAGCUAGAGAGCUGCAAAUAAAGCAUUUUAAGUGCAAUGUACAAAUGUAACACUAGGUGGCGACAGGGAGCUAUGCAAAAUUCAAUUUAUUUUUCAAAACGUUUUUUUUUUAAAAAGCGUUUUUUUUUAAUAUGUGUGUAGAUUCCACCCAGAUUAAAGUUUGGGCUGUUGCAUGACAUUGUGGUCAUGAAGGAGACCUAAGCAGACACAAGAGAAAGGAGCCCAUCUGGGAGAAGGAAAACUCUGAUCCUAAACCUCCGCUGUCUUACGGGACGUGUUUGAAGAACAGAUUCAGGAGCACAUGCCCUCCACCAUUUCUGCAAUAAAAAUAGGAAUGUCCCAUUCCAUUAUUAUUAUUAUUAUUAUUAUUAUUAUUAUUAUUACCACCUCCCAUUAAGCACUUAAAAACGUCCCUAUACAGGGUUGUCUUCUAAAGGCUUACUUACAGUGGGAUGCGGGUGGCGCUGUGGUCUAAAGCACUGAGCCUCUUGGGCUUGCCGAUUGGAAGGUCGGUGGUUCGAAUCCCUGCGAAGGGGUGAGCUCCCGUUGCUCUGUCCCAGCUCCUGCCAGCCUAGUAGCUCAAAAUCACACCACUGCAAGUAAAUAAUAGGUACUGUUGCGGCGGGAGGGUAAACGACGUAUCCUUGCGCUCUGGUUUCCCAUUGCAUCAGAAGCAGUUUAGUCCUGCUAGCCACAUGACCCAGAAAGCUGUCUGUGGACCAAGGCCGGCUCCCUUGGCCUGAAAGCAAGAUGAGCGCCACAACCCCAUAGUCGCCUUUGACUGGACUUAACCAUCCAGGGGUCCAUUACCAUUUACCUUUGUUUAGUCAUUUAGUCAUGUCCGCCUCUUUGUGACCCCCUGGACCAGAGCACACCAGGCACUUCUGUCUUCCACUGCCCCCCGCAGUUUGGUCAAACUCAUGUUGGUUGCUUCGAGAACACUGUCCCACCAUCUCAUCCUCUGUCGUCCCCUUCUCCUUUCCCAACAUCUUUCCCAACAUCAGGGUCUUUUCCAGGGAGUUUUCUCUUCUCCUGAGGUGGCCAAAGUCUUGGAGCCUCAGCUUCAGGAUCUGUCCUUCCAGUGAGCACUCAGGGCUGAUUUCCUUCAGAACGGAUAGGUUUGAUCUUCUUGCAGUCCAUGGGACUCUCAAGAGUCUCCUCCAGCACCAUAAUUCAACCAUUUACCUUUAUAGUUACUUAUCUCCUUGGCUCAGGGGUCGCAUAACUCCAUCCCCUCCAACAUUUCUCCAAUGAAAAUAGGGACGUCCCAAGAAAAAGCGGCACCAAAUCAGAAACCAAGGUGGCUUCUGUAAAUUCAGGACUGUCCCUGGAAAAUAGGGACACUUGUAAACUCUCCACAAAACCAGAGUGAAAUCCCUAAGGCGGUUGGAUGGUGCCUUGUACACCUCCUUCCAGAAACUCCUGCAGCCAAGCUGGUCCCAAGCGUCUUGCUCUGCUUUCCUUUGAACCAUCACCGUGAGACCGAGAUGGAGCUCUUGUCAUCUGGGCAGCCCAGGACCUCCAAUGUGAUGGCCUGGGACUCGGACCUGGACUCGGAGCCAGAGGAGUCUCAGUCCGCACUGGAUCCUUUGCCUCGGGCGGCAGCUGAACCUAGUCUGGGGCCUGAUCCUGAAGAGUCCCAGUCUGCACAGUUUCCCCUGCAACAAGCACCAGCUGGGCUGAGUCAGGGGCCUGAGCCUGCCCUGGCUCCAGAUGCGGGGAUGACCUCGUUGCCUCCAGCUGGGCCAUCGCUUACAGCUGCUCCGCUACCGGUUGGGUCAGGGGAGGCUGAGGCGGUCCCUGGGUCUGGUAACCCACCGACGUCUCCCGAGCUGCAGAGACUGAGGUCUGAGAGAAGGAGAGACCUGAGUAGUUGCAGGAGGAGUGCUCGCUUUUGGGCGAAACAGGGAGGUGAGUCGCCGGGGGAUCAGGACCGGCCGCUACCCUGACAAAGAUAAAAGGCUGUCGGACCCUGUCUCAGGUUGCGGGAGCAACAUUGCUGUACGCUAGAUCCUGCCUGCGAUCCUGCCCCUGUCCUUGCCUGGUUUCCUGCCUUGACCCUGUCGGACUGACUCCCAGCGGAACCUUCGGAUUCUGGACCGGUCCUGGACCGUGUUUCACAGGUUACCCCCGGGCCCAGCACAUCCAGACAUGCUGCCUAGGCUUGGGCCCUGGGGCGGUCACUUCAGUGCUGCUAACACAGCGUUUCGACUUCACACACACACACACACACACACACACCCCUGUCCAUAGGCAUCCUCAAUAGUCUCUUGAGACAAAUGGAAGCCAACCUAUAGGGCUCCCAUCCGAUGAAGGAGACCUCACUGUGCCAGGCUCCGCUUCCCCUUGGCCCUGCUUUUCUGGGGCUUAUGGGAGUUGUAGUCCAGGCCGUGUCUGUCCUGGUCUCUCGCUUUGUAAUAAAAGAACGUAUUCAAAGGCCAUAGGCAGUGUUUAGAGCAGCCUUUCUCAAUCUUGAUGCCGCGGGACCACAAGUCCCAUCAUCCCUGACCACUGGUCCUGAUGGGAGUUGUAUUGCAACAACUCCUGGAUACCCAAGCUUCAGAGCAUUGGACAAGGACCUGGGAAAGACCUGGGUUCAAAUCCUCACUCAGUGACCCUUGGGGGUAGGUCACGGCCUCUCAGCCUAACGUACCUCCUUGAAGCCCUUGCAGGAAACGGUGGGAUGUACAUGCAAUAAUUAAAAAUAAUUAAUCUGCAUUGCAGCCAGCUCCUGUCUUGCUCAGGGUGGGCGGUGGUUCCAAAAUGCCUUUUUAAAGAUGAUGGCUGCCACCUACACUUAUUGUGCUUAAAAAUAAACUUUUUUCCAAGUUGCCUAAUUAACCGACAGCAUUUUUUUUAAAAAAAGUUAUUUAAUCGAACCAAUUCAUCCACUAAAUUCUGCCUUCCGAACCGUUAUGGGUUUUGGAUUAUGUGGCCACAUUUUGUGGUUGUAGUGGUGUUGGACCGCUGGGAGAGCCGAAUUCGAAUCCCCACGCAGCUCAUAGGAAUGACCAGUUGCAGCCUCUCACAACCCGAACCUGCCUCUCAGGGUUAUUGUAAGAAUAAAAUAAGGCAGGGAGGAACUGUGUAUCUCACCUUGAGUUCCUGGGAGGGAAGGUGGGAUUAAGUAAACAUUCACAUUCAUUUCGGCGUGGUGAGACUCCCAGAUGCUCCUCUGAUCAGAUUUUUAUUCUCUCUCUUUCUUCUUUGGCUGCCCUCAAUUCCUUGACAUCUCUCCCUUUCCAGGCAGCUUUUAACAAGGAGGGUUGGGAGUUUUUUGGGGGUGGGUGGGAAAGGAACUGUUAAUGACUGUCAGUGGGGCUUUGUAGGGUUCCGGGCAGCUCUAACCAGAUUGGCUACCGAGCUGCGCUUGCCGAAAACAAGACUCCAGUCUGCAUGAUUUGGAAUAAAGGGCUGAUUUAAAUCUGAACUGCCCUGUGCAGUGUUAAAUUGCUGGUCCUCCCUGGCUGCUGUUGUCUGCACGGACUGGCAGCAGCUCUGCAGGGAGUCGCGCCCAGUCCUCCUUGGUGCUGCUGUGCUAGAGAGGAGUGGCAGGCAGCAGGAGGCUCCCCGCAGCCGAUCUCAGGCCAGUGAUGGAACCAUAGAACUGCAGAGUUAGAGGGUACCCCAGGGUCAUCUAGUCCAACCCCCCGUAAUGCUAGAGUCAUGACUAAAGAGUCUGACGCCUGUGCCUUUCCUCCUGCAAACUAGGGCGCUUCCUCCAGCCUUGUGGUGAAAUUUGCCGACACAGACAAAGAAAGGACCCUCCGGCGCAUGCAGCAGAUGGUGGGGCAACUGGGGAUCCUCACGCCUUCCUUUGCGCUGCCCUUCACCCCGUACAGCACAUAUGCUCAGGCCGUGAGUAUCUGCCUGGACGCGAGGCAGCAGAGGGCGGGCUGGGUGUGUGUGUGAAUCCGGGGUGCAUGUUUCUGUGUGCCUGCGUUCAGCAGGGCACCCGUCACGACAUGGCUGUAAGAACGGAAGAAGAGCAACAUGGGAAGGAUUGUGGAAUUGGGAUAUAAAAUUUGCAGCAUGUUAUGCCAACCUAGCAGUUUGAAAGCAUGUCAUGUGCAAGUAGAUAAAUAGGUACCGCUCCGGCGGGAAGGUAAACGGCGUUUCCGUGCGCUGCUCUGGUUCGCCAGAAGCGGCUUAGUCCUGCUGGCCACAUGACCCGGAAGCUGUACACCGGCUCCCUUGGCCAAAAAAGCGAGAUGAGUGCCGCAACCCCAGAGUCAUCCGUGACUGGACCUAAUGGUCAGGUGUCCCUUUACCUUCAGUAGCUUAGGGCCUCAUCAAACCUAAAUCCAGCCAUGUAUGGAAGGGAUCACAAGGGUUGGAAGUUGGCAGGGAUCAUAAGGGUUCUCUAGUCCCACCCCAUUUUUUGCCCAACUUGGUGCUCAAACCCGCAGCCUUGGGAUUAAGAGUCUCGUGCUCUGCCGACUGAGCUGCUCCUUUAGUUUCCCUUAAGCAGCUGUUCUCAACCUGUGGGUCCCCAGAUGUUGUCGGACUACAACUCCCAUCAUCCCUGAGCUCUGGCCUUGCUAGCUAGGGGGGAUGGAAGUUGUAGUUCAACAACAUCUGGGGACUCACAGGUUGAGAAAGGGUGGAUGGGUAGGCAAACUAAGGCCCGGGGGUCGGAUCAGGCCCAAUCGCCUUCUCAAUCCGGCCCGUGGAUGGUCCGGGAAUCAGUGUGUUUUUACAUAAGUAGAAUGUGUCCUUUUAUUUCAAAUGCAUCUCUGGGUUAUUUGUGGGGCAUAGGAAUUCGUUCAAAUAUAUAUAUAUAGUCUGGCCCUCCACAAGGUCUGAGGGACAGUGGAUUGGCCCCCUGCUGAAAAAGUUUGUUGAGCCCUGGUCUAAGAGCCAGUGUGGUGUAGUGGUUAAGAGCGGGAGCCUCGUAAUCUGGUGAACCGGGUUCGCUUCCUCACUCCUCCACCUGCAGCUGCUGGGUGACCUUGGGCCAGUCACACUUCUCUGAAGUCUCUCAGCCCCACUCAUCUCACAGAGUGUUUGUUGUGGGGAAGGAAGGAAAAGGAGAAUGUUAGCUGCUUUGGGACUCCUUCGGGUAGUGAUAAAGCGGGAUAUCAAAUCCAAACUCUUCUUCUUCCAAGAGAAAAUGAUAUGAAAAUGAUAUAUCGUUGGUAUCUAACACCGAGUAAACUGUCAAAAAUGUAUAAAUCUAAAUCAAACAAAUUUUGGAAAGCGAAGGAAGGUUCUUUUUAUCAUAUGUGGUGGUCUUGUAGCUUACUGGGUUAAAGCUUACUAGGAAAUGAUAUAUAAUGAAUCGAAAAAGAUGUUCAAAAUAACUUUUAUUAAAAACAAACAAAUCCAGAAGCUUUUCUUUUGGGAAUUAUAGGGACAGCACUACCUAAGUUGUAUAGAAAUUUAUUUAUGUACGCUACUACAGCAGCAGGAAUGUUAUUCGCCCCAAAAUGGAAAGAAGCAGAAGUCCCAGCAAAGGAAGAAUGGAUACAAAAGCUUAUGAAAUAUGCAGAAACUUACCGGAAGAAUAAGAAAUCAAGAUAACAAAUUCUUUAUAAAAGAAUGGAAAUGGUUUAUUGAAAAUUUGCAGAUAAAUUGUAAACAGAUUAAAACAUUAGCAGGAUUAUUGCAAUAACCUGCAGUUUUAUGAGUAUAGAUUUAAAGUAGAUGAACGCAUGAGCAAAUUAAGUUAAUCUGGAUAUGCAGAAUAUAUGAAAGAAUAAAUUUAAGGAACUGCAGAAAGAGGGGAAGGAAGUCAAAGAAGCGUUGCAGCCUUCGGCUCUAGAGGCCUAGCCGAGCCGUUGAUAGAUCUCUCUCUGUGGUAUCGUUGCUGCGGAUUGUUAUUUGCACACUCUCAAGGCACGACGCGGGACACAGGUGGCGCUGUGGGUUAAAUCACAGAGCCUAGGACUUGCCGAUCAGAAGGUCGGCGGUUCGAAUCCCCACAACGGAGUGAGCUCCCGUUGCUCAGUCCCUGCUCCUGCCAAGCCAGCAGUUCGAAAGCACGCCAAAGUGCAAGUAGAUAAAUAGGUACCGGUCCGGCGGGAAGGUAAACGGUGUUUCCGUGCGCUGCUCUGGUUUGCCAGAAGCGGCUUAGUCAUGCUGGCCACAUACCCGGAAGCUGUACGCCGGCUCCCUCGGCCAAUAAAGCGAGAUGAGCGCGCAACCCCAGAGUCAGCCACGACUGGACCUAUUGGUCAGGGGUCCCUUUACCUUUACUUUAAGGCACGACACCAACCAGGAAGUGGCACGUAAAGGGGCAAAAACGGCACCCCAAAGGCGUGAAAAUGGUGCAAAAACAGCGUCGUGCAAUCCCAGGAGCCUUUGCCUAUGGAAAGUUUGAACAAGGAGGUUUAGAGGGAGCUAUUGCGGUGGAGUUUUGGUUUUCUAAAGGGUUUACAGAGGUUUAGAGCAGGCUUCUUCAACCUCGGCCCUCCAGAUCAGGCGUCCCCAAACUUGGCCCUCCAGCUGUUUUGGGACUACAGUUCCCAUCAUCCCUGACCACUGGUCCUGUUAGCUAGGGAUGAUGGGAGUUGUAGUCCCAAAACAGCUGGAGGGCCGAGUUUGGGGAUCCCUGCUCCAGAUGUUUUUUUGCCUACAACUCCCAUGAUCCCUAGCUAGCAGGACCAGUGGUCAGGGAUGAUGGGAAUUGUAGUCUCAAAACAUCUGGAGGGCCGAGGCUGAGGAAGCCUGGUUCAGAUUUAGAGGGUGUUUGCAGGCUUUUUCAAUGGUGUUUCCCAGUAGACACGACUUCACUUACACACUGGAGACUUGCCUGCAUUUUCCUUUUCUUUUCUCAGCUGAUGCAGCAGCAGACUGUCCUUUCGGCAUCUCAUGGAAGCUUCGUCAGCCCAAGCCUCACCUUCUCCCCCUGCCACAUCCAGCAAAUCGGCACCGUCAGCCUAAAUGGCUUGCCAGCCACUCCUGUUGCACAAACCUCAGGUGCGUAUCCUUGGUGUCAGGGGCGGGGACGUUUUCCCAGCCUGGAGGCCACCCUGCCUCCUGGGCAAGCCAGAGGGAAAAGGGGACAGAGCAGCCAAUGAGAUUUUUCCCUUUGUACUGUUGUAAACAAAAUCUGCCCUUCUUCCCUGAUGGGGUAUCCAUAUAGAGUCCUUACAUGGGUUCCCUAUUGGUAGGAGAAAAUAAUAGAGGCCAACCAGAGAAUAUUGAGAAGCAAAGCAGCUAGUAAGCCUGAUCUUUAUUAAAGCUGUUGCAACAGGGUGCUCCCCUCACACGCAGGAGGAGGAGGAGGGCCGCAAACAAAGGUGUGCCUGCCCUUAUAUAGACAUUUUAAAUUCCCUGCCCUGGAGCUCAAGACCACCCCUCCAUACAUCAUACAUACAUCACAGAAGGGGUGUAGCCCAAGACCACCCCCCAGAAACAUCAUAUCCACAUCACAGAAAAGGUGGUCUACAACAGAAAUUUGAGUGUUGUUGUUUUUACUGUCUGCCAGGUUAUCUGAUAAUGCCUUAUCUGACUGCCUUUCCUGGUAGUCUGGCCAUUCCUUUUGAAAUGGUGAUUACUUAAUUCCUGAGACAAUGGGUAGGUUCCCUCACCCCCUCCCUCCUUGCAGAGAAACAUUUGGUCAGCUUGGGAGUCGAAAUGGUUUCAGGGAGGUCUUCCUGUGCUGCUCCAGACAUUGGUACAUUUAUGAACAUUUAUUAUACAUAUAUGACCUUAAAAUCCUAUUACAGUACGCUGCUCCCCUCCCUCAGCCCCAGCUGCCUAAUGACAGGGCUGCUGGCCUAAUGAUAGAUGCAAGCCAAAUCUAGUAGGUUUGUACUUCUCCACUAUAUGACCAGCACUGACUUCGAUCCAACAAACUUUAAUAUUUGAGGCGUUCCCAAAGUAAAGGAAGGAUUGGACUCUGAUAAUAAAAUACACACAGAGGCUUGAACCAGCAAGACUCUGGGAGGAGUGUGUAUUAUAAUAAUUCCUGUCCACCCUCCAGCCCAGGUCGUUUUAUUCACAAAAGAACUUUUUACACAGUGUACGUAAGAGCCAAUCAGAUUUCCUCUGAGCAUUUCAAAAAACCCCAUGUGGGGACAGUCAAACUACAAAAAGCUAAUUUAAGCAUGCAUACUUCUGGGGGACGCGGGUGGUGCUGUGGGUUAAACCACAGAGCCUAGGACUUGCCGAUCAGAAGGUCGGCGGUUCGAAUCCCCGCAAUGGGGUGAGCUCCCGUUGCUCGGUCCCUGCUCCUGCCAACCUAGCAGUUCAAAAGCAUGUCAAAGUGCAAGUAGAUAAAUAGGUACUGCUCCGGCGGGAAGGUAAACGGCAUUUCUGUGCGCUGCCCUGGUUUGCCAGAAGCGGCUUAGUCCUGCUGGCCACAUGACCCGGAAGCUGUACGCCGGCUCCCUCGGCCAAUAAAGCGAGAUGAGCACCGCAACCCCAGAGUUGGUCACAACUGGACCUAAUGGUCAGGGGUCCCUUUACCUUAAAAAGGAGGGAUGCAUUCAGCAAACCGGGAGGUCAUAAACAAGCAAUAAAGGAAGGAAAUAUUUACCAUCUCCUGGAAGGAUGGCAGUAUUUACCAUAUUCUUGUGAACCCUCUUCCUGGCCCUAAGAUCUACCUAAAGAUUAAACUACAUCAAAGCUAACUAUCAUCUUUAUGACCCAGAAUGCCUCAUGCAGCAAGCGGCAACUGGGCUGCGUACGUGACUUGUCAAGCAGAGAGAAAUGGACAGUAGAGGAAAUGGCCAGAGAUGCAGAGGGUUGUGGGAUUUGAUCAGAAAUUACUGUCAAUGAAUCGAACCCAGUCAACGCCAUGCUUUCAUGGCGGACACAAUGGCUUGAUGCAUAUUUUAUAAUUCCUCAUAGUAAUCCCAUCUGAUCCCAACACUCUGGAUAUUUGCACUCCUACAUUACAGUGGUACCUCGGGUUAAGUACUUAAUUCAUUCCGGAGGUCCGUUCUUAACUUGAGACUGUUCUUAACCUGAAGCACCACUUUAGCUAAUGGGGCCUCCUGCUGCUGCUGCUGCUGCGCCGCCGGAGCCAGAUUUCUGUUCUUAUCCUGAAGCAAAGUUCUUAACCUGAAGCACUAUAUCUGGGUUAGCGGAGUGUGUAACCUGAAGCGUACGUAACCUGAAGCGUAUGUUACCUGAGGUACCACUGUAUUUUCCACAAUCCAGAUGGAGGCGGAUUGCCGGUUAAUUUUAUAUUUUCUGCCAUGCAUGGUAGAGAAUGCAGGACUUCAGACAGGUAAAUGUUCCGACCUGGUACAAGGCAGCUCCUCUCCUUUUCUUUCUCCCUGGAGAGCUAGUUCAAUGGGAAGAGUAUCUGUUUUUGCAUGCAGAUAGUCCCGGGUUCGAUUCCUGACGGCCCUAGUUGAAAAGCGUGCACGAAAGGUCACGCUCAGUGUAGACAGUAGAUGAACAAGCACCUGGUGUAAGGAUGCUUCUGAGGGGGAAAGGCACAUCUGGAUGCACGGAGGGGCAGGCUCCAAUGCCGUCCCCAGAGCUGUGAAAAGGGUACAAUAUGGGCAUGUCUUUAAGUUAACAUCUUACAUUAAAAACCUGACAGUACCAAACUAUCGAAGGCUUUUCACCAAAGCCAGACUAAACGUCUUUCCUUCUGCAGUGUUGAGAGGAGUUCCCUACCAGGACAGACUUUGCUCGUGUGCUCAAGACAUCGAUCCCAUAAAACAUAUUUUGUUGCACUGUGCAAAAUAUGAGCAAGCCAGGGCUGAACACAUACUACCCUCGCUGGUACAUUUCCCGGGAAAAUCAGAGGCUCACUAUGUCAGGUUCCUAUUGGAAGACCGGACAAAUGCUAGAACAUUAGCAGUGGCCAAGUUUUUAUCGGUGGUUGCAACAACCAAUGAUCCCUAUAUUCUGAACAAAAUGCUUGUUUAACCUGGAGGUAGGCUGUAUGAAUUGUGUAUUGCUUUGUAACGAUUUGUUGGGUCUCUGGACCGGAAUAAAGAUUAUUGUUGUUGUUGUUAAAAGGAAAGUUACACCCACCCGCUUUUCUGUCUCUGCAGGGUUACACUCGCCUCCUCUCUUGGGCACGACUGCCAUCCCGGGACUGGUGGCCCCCAUCACCAACAGCUUCGCAGGAGUGGUCCCCAUUCCCAGCAGCCAUCCCACCUUGGAGGCCGUUUAUACGAAUGGGCUUCUUCCCUGCACAGGUAAGAAAGGGAAAAGGUGCGGUGCGGGAAACAGGCACAGAGAGGAGGAUACGGAUGGGCAGCCUAUGCUCCUCCCAGAUGAUGGUGGAUUCCAACUCUCAUCUCUCCCGACUACCAUCUUCAGUAAACCUGCUCAUUCUGGUCCUCAAUAUUCUGAGUCAGCUUUUGGCUGCUGGCUGUUUCGUUCUGAUGUCUGUUUUGAGCAAUGGUCCAAAAUGCUGUUGCGACUCCCAACUUCCACUCCCAACUCCAAUUCAUUAUUAUUUUUUGGCUCGUUCACAUUUUAGGACUUCCCUUCUUCUCAACAGGUCCGUUCCUUUAGAAAAAUAAAAUAAGAUCUCUCCUCUUUUAGCCCAGAACCCAUCAGUAGCAGAGACUAUGCACCCAGCCUUCACCGGAGUCCAGCAGUAUGCAGGUACCGUGUGCAUGAGAGUGGAACUUGACCUGGGGAAUACACACAUUUUACCAAGACUGGCAGAAGCGUUAGAGAUUCUAAUUUCAAGAUUCGCGUAUGGCUUCGUCACGAAGUUUCAAGUAGGCCAUAACACUGAGAGGGACCAUCUCCCUCUAACUUUAGGGUUAGAAAGGCCCGCCUUUCAAAAAACCCAUUGCCAAGCCACAAUAUACUCCCACAGUGAAUUUGGGUAAGUAAAGGUAAAGGGGACCCCUGACCAUUAGGUCCAGUCGUGGCCGACUCUGGGGUUGCGGCGCUCAUCUCGCUUUAUUGGCCGAGGGAGCCGGCGUACAGCUUCCGGGUCAUGUGACCAGCAUGACUAAGCCGCUUCUGGCGAACCAGAGCAGCGCACGGAAAUGCUGUUUACCUUCCCGCCUGAGCGGUACCUAUUUAUCUACUUGCACUUUGACAUGUUUUUGAAAUGCUAGGUUGGCAGGAGCAGGGACCAAGCAACAGGAGCUCACCCCGUCACGGGGAUUCGAACCGCCGACCUUCUGAUCGGCAAGUCCAAGAGGCUCUGUGGUUUAACCCACAGCGCCACCCGUGUCCCUGAAUUUGGGUAUACCAGCUCCCAAAAUAAUUAAAUGGUCCCCCGUGCUGAAUCCAGACUUAAUCCUCCUCCUUCUAUCAGUGGAGCUAAAUAAUAUACCGUGUGCAUGAAAUAGCUCUCUUCCUCGCGGAAGCUGCCGACAUCAGUCCCGUUAAACUCAGGGGGCGGCGUGCUCACAGGUUCGGAGCCAAGAAGAGCCCGCUGCAAAGCAAGCACCAGGGGAUCAUGGGAGCAUUCGCUGAGUUUUAUAGAAAGGCAGUGGCUCUUUUGUGUAGCAGGAGCAGGAUUACCCUGGGGCGCUUGUUGUGGUUCCUGCUUGUUCCUGUGGUGGGACCGGGGGUAACCCGUGCAACGUGGUCUAGGACUGGUCCAGAAUCUGAAGGUUCCGUGGGAGUCAGUCCAACAGGGCCAAGGCAGGAAACCAAGCAAGGACAGGUACAGGAUCUCAGGCAGGAUCUAGCAUACAGCAAUGUUGCUCCCGCAACCUGGGACAGGGUCCGACAGCCUUUUAUCUUUGUCUGGGUAGCGGCUGGUCCUGAUCCCCCGGCGACUCACCUCCCUGUUUCGCCCGAAGGCGAGCACUCCUCCUGUGAGUAUUCGGGUCUCUCCUUCUCUCAGACCUCAGUCUCUGCAGCUCGGGAGACGUCGGUGGGUUACUAGACCCAGAGGCCGCCUCAGCCUCCCCUGACCAAACCAGUAGUGGAGCAGCUGUGAUGGCCCAGCUGAAGGCAACGAGGUCAUCCCCGCAUCUGGAGCCAGGGCAGGCUCAGGCCCCAGACUUGGCCCAGCUGGUGUUUGUUGCAGGGGAACCUGUGCAGACUGGAACUCUUCAGGAUCAGGCCCCAGACUCGGUUCAGGUGAUGCCUGAGGCAAAGGAUCCGGUGCGGACUGAGUCUCCUUUGGUUCCGAGUCUGAGCCCGAGUCCCAGGCCAUCACAGUUCCCUCUAACAGUGAAGUAGCUGCAGUCACUGGCUCAGCACACCUGAAGGAGCAGAGCAUAAGGCAUCAUUCUCCCAAUGGCCGACCAGUUGACCUGAGUCAGACCGGCACCUUUUCCAACCUGCAAUUGGUUUUCAGAGGCAUAUACUGCUAGCUAGAAGCCACUGAGAGCUUUUAUCCAGCCCAUUUCCAAGGAAUACGUGGUUCUCCUCCAUUUGCCCCAUUUUAUCCUUACAGACAGCCCUGUGAGGUCGGUUAGACUGAAAGGCGGAAACUGGCCAUUCACAGAAUUGUAGAACUGUGGAGCUUGGAAGGGACCCGCGAGGGUCAUGUAGCCCAACCCCUGCAAUGCGGGAAUCUCCACAGGAGGGCCCCUGUCUGCUCCUCAAGGUCCUCAACCAGUGAGGGGUCUGGCUCAGUGUGGCCACAUGUGGAAUUGUAGAAUUGUAUGUGCAGUUGGGAGGGACCCCAAAGUCAUCAAGUCUAACCCUUUGCAAAGCAGGCUGCCACAAGGUACUGCGCUGCAGCAAGCAAAACUCGCCAGGAACUGAUCUCAGGGCCUUUGGGAUUUUCCGCUUUGGAGUUCGUGACAGGAUGACACCCUUUAAGCUGGCCGGUGCCCAGUGUAUUUUUUACUCUGUGCUAUUCCUUUGUUAGGGACGCGGGUGGCGCUGUGGGUUAAACCACAGAGCCUAGGGCUUGCUGAUUGGAAGAUCAGCGGUUCGAAUCCCCGCGACGGGGUGAGCUCCUGUUGCUCGGUCCCUGCUCCUGCCAACCUAGCAGUUCGAAAGCACGUCAAAGUGCAAGUAGAUAAAUAGGUACCACUCUGGCGGGAAGGUAAACAGCGUUUCCAUGCGCUGCUCUGGUUCGCCAGAAGCGGCUUAGUCAUGCUGGCCACAUGACCCAGAAGCUGUACGCUGGCUCCCUCGGCCAAUAAAGCGAGAUGAGCGCCGCAACCCCAGAGUCGGCCACGACUGGACCUCAUGGUCAGAGGUCUUUUUACCUUUACCUGUAUUCCUUUGUUGACCUUAUUCUGUUAUUCUCUUUUGCCCUGUGACACACAUUCAAAUAAUGCGCUGUAUGUGCUUCUGACUGCGUCCCCUUGAUGUUCUGGCCACUGACCGCAGCAAUAAAGCUUUGAUUUGUGGAAAGUCCUCUGAGGACUCUGUGCCCGGACCAAGUCAGGGCUGGCCAAGCCCCUUUUGCAUUUGCUCUUUUCUCAUGGAGUCUGGUACCUGAUCAGGGCCAGAGGGGACAGCAAGGAUGAAGGGCAGUUUCAAAAUAUGCAGAAUGACUCACCUUACGCUCACUGCUUUUGAAAACUUACAGAAUUACAGUGGUACCUUGGUUUGCAUACAUUUUGGAUUGCAAACAUGUCAAACCCGGAAGUGUGUGUCCCAGUUUGCAACCAUUUUUAUUAUUAUUACAACCCCCCCUUUUUUUUAUACUUGGACAAUUUUUUUUGGAGGCCCCAUUGGCGAAAGCGCGCCUUGGGUUACAACCUGUUUUGGUUUACAAACGGACCUCCGGAACGGAUUAUGGUUGUAAAGCAAAAUACCAUUGUACUUAGAAUAGAAUUGUGGAGCUGGAAGAGAUCGCGAAUAUCAUCUGGUCCAACCCGCUGCGAAGUUUUGCUCAAACCCCAAACCCUGAGAUGAAGCAUUUCAUGCUUUAAAACCAAUAUACAUACAGUAGAGUUUGACUCAGUUCUUCAACUAGCAGCCCACCUGAAUGCACACAAAGUCAAGUGUGUUUGAAGUAUAUAAGAUUGCAGAGCUAUAGGGGCUUUCCAUGAGCAAAAUGGACACGGAUAGAUAUUUGCGUUGCGGUGACCUGAAAUUCUAACUUGAAUCUGUAUGUUAGUAGCCUUAUUUGUUGGUUUUUCCUUUCCUUAAUUUGAUUAUUUUAUUUGUUUGUGUGUGUUUUUUAAAUGCAAACUGUAUAUAGUAUUAGACUGAAUUUAUUGACAGCAUUUUGCUCUGAUUUGGAGCAUUUUGCAUUUUGGUUUUCGGUCAAUGAAAUUUGAAGAAAGAAAAACAUGUUUUGAAAAACCAAAAUACAUGAAAAAUAAUCAAAUGAAUGCUCUGUCUCCCCUCUCUUUCCCUGCCCAGCUGUCUACCCAGCCACCACCAUCACCCCGGUCGCUCAGCCCAUCCCUCAGCCCCUUCCAAUAAUUCAGCAGCAGCAACGGGAAGGUAAGUCGUCUUCCGGGUCCAAAGGCAAUCUUCCUUUCUUCUGUUGGGAGCACUUGUGCCCCCCACCCCUCAGCCAUGCCGUCAGUUUUAAACAGGGCAGCCCCUGCCCAUGGACUUACAAUGGAAAAGACACGACACAAAAGGAAAAGGGAGUGGGGAGGGAAGAGGAGGGAAAGUAAACUCAGACACCAAUCACGUUAUUGAAAUGGUAGUUCUUGCUACAAUCAGCUGGGAUGAAAAUGGUUCUGGAGAAGGAACACGGUUUUGGGGGGGUGGGGGGUAAGCUUUCAAUGGAGUUGAUGGAAUGAGUUAGAAUCACAGCAAUCAUAGAAUCAUGGGAGGGAUCCUGAGGGUCAUCUAGUCCAGCCCCCUGCAAUGCAGGAAACCUUUGCUCUCCGUGGGACUGUUGACUUAGUGUGACUUAGCUCAGGGGUGAGGAAUCUUCUGGGCUCCGCAGGCCACAGCCUUCUCAGGAUCAGCACCAGGAGCCAAAUGUGAAGGGUGGGUGGGCUGGGCUUAGGACAGGGCUCCCCAAAGUAAGGCCCAAGGGACUCGUUUAUCCGGCCAGCGGCGACCCCCGCUGCCCGCUCUUACCGGCGCUGCGCUGCAUGGCUGCCCACUUCUGGGUCGGAGGAGCACCGGAAAUCGCUUGUGCGCAUGCGCAAGCAUUAUUUGCGCACGUGCAAGCGUUAUUUCUGGUGCACAUCCGGGUCUAUGAAGGCUAUGAAAACUAGGGUAUGGUUCCUGGAUGAAAUGGUGAGGUCCCUCCCAUUGCUCUCCUAACCUGUUGCUGAACCUUCUUCCUUGAAUGGUGGGGUUUUUUUGGGUAGUUUCCUUGCUGGGACAACAUGGCAUGAAUUUUAGCUUACUUUUAUAAUCUUUUUGGUCUAUCUUUUAAUAAUGUUUUAUGGUAUUUUGUGUAAAGGCAUGGACCUCACAAAUUUAAUAAAUUUGUUGUUGGUGGUGCACAUCCGGGUCGGAGGAGGCCCGUGCACAUGCGCGCAAGCUAUUUCCACCUCAGUGCACGACUGCCAAAGCCUGCCAAAAACCAAUCCCCAUAUAGACCCGCCCACCCAAAUGUUUAGAAAGCCAGUCUCUUUCCAGUCAACUGCCAUUUUAACUUUGCAAAUGUCUUAAAUGACUGCUGUUCAUUUUCCCAAGUGGCGAACUGUGGGGAGAUCUUUGUUGAAGCAGAGAAUUCCAAUGCAGACACACACACCCCUUCCUGGAAACAGGUACACCAUGCACAGUCAGUACAGGCUUUGACCCUGCCCAUUGGAUGAUUUUGCAAGUGGCAUCUGCUGAUGAGAGGGCAUAGUUUGGUGGAAAUACUUGCAGGAGGACCACUUGGAUUCCUUCAUGGUAGCCAGAGGUUUUCCCACCCCCCACGUAGUGGGAUACAAGCCAAAUAAUGCAACAGGCUUGUGGUCACACAAGGGUGUUUCAUUGCUGAAUGGGCGGGGGGGAUUUGAACCCAAGGCCUCCCUGCUCCUAGUCUGAUGCUCUAACCACUAUGCCAUGCUGCCUCUUUAACUGCAGGCCCCGAAGGAUGCAACCUUUUCAUCUACCACCUCCCCCAGGAGUUUGGCGACAACGAACUCAUGCAGAUGUUCCUUCCCUUUGGGAACAUCAUCUCCUCCAAAGUUUUCAUGGACCGUGCAACAAACCAGAGCAAAUGUUUCGGUGAGCGAUCGAGGGAGAGAGGGAAGAGGGGCAGGUACAGGACAGGCAAUUUGAAGCCCUCGGUUUGGAGAGGUCCUUUGCAAUCGCCUUUUUUUUAAACAACCCUGAGUGUUUUAGUCUCGUCAGCAAACCUGACCCGGAAAAACAAUCUCUCAAAGGACCUGUUGAUGGCAUUUUACCAUUGUACUGUGGAGAGUGCAUUAACUUAUGGUCUGUGUGUGUGGUUUGGGAGCUGCACGGUCAGGGGAAAAACAAUGCUGUCCAGCGGGAAGGUAAACGGCGUUCCGUGUGCUGCGCUGGCUCGCCAGAUGCAGCUUGUCACGCUGGCCACGUGACCCGGAAGUGUCUGCGGACAGCGCUGGCUCCCGGCCUAUAGAGUGAGAUGAGCGCACAACCCUAGAGUCUGGCAAGACUGGCCCGUACGGGCAGGGGUACCUUUACCUUUAACUUUAAGGUAGUCUCUAUGGGAGUAUAUUGUAUUUAAUUAUGGGAUAUCAGAGUUUUUAGGGGGCUAACCAGGCUGGGAUAGCAGGCUUGUUGGUUUUUGAAUGCCUGAUGUAGAUUUUUCCAAUUUCGUUGUUCUGUAUGGGACAAUGACAAUAAAGAUUAUCGUAUCGUAUCAUGUCGUAUCUUUGCCUCCCCCUUUUAUUCAGGCUUUGUGAGUUUCGACAACCCAUCCAGUGCCCAGACAGCCAUCCAGGCUAUGAAUGGGUUCCAGAUCGGGAUGAAAAGAUUGAAGGUGCAAUUGAAGCGGCCUAAGGACGCCAGCCACCCCUACUGA